AGUUGGGCUGUCCUGGACAGCAAAGAUUGGGAAACUGGUGGCGCUGGAAAAGUUGUAAAUCUGCGAUACGCCCUCGGUUACUCGCGCUGAGCUCUUCGUCUCGGCUUCCCAGACCGACGUGCGGAACCGCAUAGCAGUGAUUUCAUCUGGGUCGCUGGUGGGGUGGUCACAACGUAAUUUACCCUGAGCUGCUCCCGCUGGGGCUUCGGUGCCAUUCAUGAAGUUGCCAUAGCAUUCCCCUCCUUCCCCUCUUUUGCUGCCCCGCGAGAAGUAUUAAUAUGGAGGCCUCGUCUUCCCGCUUGGUCUGAUCUGUUUUCUACCUCUCUUCUCAAGAUACCCCAACUCUACCACUCUCCUCUCAAAAUGUCUAACCUAUUCGCUACCGUCGAGACCCCUGUCGCCAAAUAUGAGCAGCCCACUGGCCUGUUCAUCAACAACGAGUGGGUGAAGGGCGCCGAGGGCAAGACCUUCGAGACCAUCAACCCCACUACCGAGAAGGCCAUUAUUUCCGUCCACGAGGCCACAGAGAAGGAUGUCGACACCGCUGUCGCUGCUGCCCGUGCUGCCUUUGACGGCUCAUGGCGUCAGGUCACACCCUCCGAGCGUGGCCGCCUAAUCAACAAGCUGGCGGAUCUUAUGGAGCGUGACAUUGACACUCUUGCUGCUAUCGAGGCUCUCGACAACGGCAAGGCCUUGACCAUGGCCAAGGUCGACACUGCCAACGCCAUCGGUUGCCUGCGCUACUACGCUGGCUGGGCCGACAAGAUUCACGGUCAAACCAUCGACACCAACCCUGAGACUCUUACCUACACUCGCCACGAGCCCGUUGGUGUUUGCGGCCAGAUCAUUCCCUGGAACUUCCCUCUUCUCAUGUGGUCCUGGAAGAUCGGUCCCGCUGUUGCCGCUGGUAACACCGUUGUCCUGAAGACUGCUGAACAGACCCCUCUCUCUGGUCUCUACGCUGCUAAGCUGAUCAAGGAGGCUGGUUUCCCUCCUGGUGUCAUCAACAUCAUCUCCGGUUUCGGCCGCGUUGCCGGUGCCGCUAUCUCUAGCCACAUGGACAUUGACAAGGUUGCCUUCACUGGUUCUACCUUGGUCGGACGUACUAUCCUCCAGGCUGCUGCUAAGAGUAACCUCAAGAAGGUCACUCUUGAGCUGGGUGGCAAGUCGCCCAACAUUGUCUUCGACGAUGCUGACAUCGACAACGCCAUCUCCUGGUCCAACUUCGGUAUCUUCUUCAACCACGGCCAGUGCUGCUGUGCCGGAUCCCGUAUCCUUGUCCAGGAGGGUCUGUACGACAAGUUCGUCGCCCGCUUCAAGGAGCGUGCUUCUCAGAACAAGCUCGGAAACCCCUUCGAGCAGGACACCUUCCAGGGACCCCAGGUCUCCCAGCUCCAGUUCGACCGCAUCAUGGAGUACAUCAACCACGGUAAGCAGGCUGGUGCCACAGUUGCUGUCGGCGGUGACCGCUACGGCAAGGAGGGCUACUUCAUCCAGCCCACCGUCUUCACCGACGUUACUUCGGACAUGAAGAUCGCCCAGGAGGAGAUCUUCGGCCCUGUCGUCACCAUCCAGAAGUUCAAGGAUGAGGCCGAUGCCAUCAAGAUCGGAAACAGCACCGACUACGGUCUUGCUGCUGCCGUCCACACCAAGAACGUCAACACUGCUAUCCGCGUCUCCAACGCCCUGAAGGCUGGUACCGUCUGGAUCAACAGCUACAACAUGAUCUCCUACCAGGCUCCCUUCGGUGGCUUCAAGCAGUCCGGUCUCGGCCGCGAGCUUGGCUCCUACGCUCUCGAGAACUACACCCAGAUCAAGACGGUGCACUACCGCCUGGGUGAUGCUCUCUUCGCUUAAAAAUUUCUAACGUUAUGACAUGAUGAAAAUAUUGCGUAUACAAAUUGAAUUUAUUUCGUGUGCUACGGCAGCGG